CCCCCAGCCCGCGUCUGAGCCGGCCGCUCCAGAGCCAGCUGAGGUGACCGCUCCUGAGCCAGCUGAGGUGACCCCCAGCCCGCGUCUGAGCCGGCCGCUCCUGAGCCAGCUGAGGUGACCGCUCCUGAGCCAGCUGAGGUCACCGUUCCUGAGCCAGCUGAGGGUGACUCCCCAGCCUGCGUCCGAGCCGGCCGCUCCCAGGGUCGCCGGUGCCAUGUCGGGCCACCACCGGAAGCGCGGCCGCUGGGCGGCGGCGGCGGCGGCCGAGCCGGACCACGUGCGCCGCCAGGUGGAGGCGCUGUUUAGCCGCCGGUUCGACUUCUGCGCGGCCGAGCACGACUGGAGGCUGCCGGAGCCGGAGCACAUGUUCCCUGAUGACGAGUGGCAGGUGGCAGAGCUGCAGACUAUGAAGCACGAGCUGAACGCCGUCAAGGCGCUGCUUAGUGACAAGGACAUCUCCACCUGGCACGAGCACACAUCGGCCACAAACCGGGCUGGCCUGGUGGUGCCCACAGUCAAGCGUCACAUUCGGCCCGAGAUGGGCACACAGGCGUGGUGCAAGUUUUACGAGCUGCUGAGCCUGGGCUCUGUGCUGCCGCCGGCCUGUGCGGAUGGCGGCCGGCUGGUGUCGCUGCAUCUCUGCGAGGCUCCCGGCGCCUUCGUCACCGCUCUCAACCACUACUGCAUCCUGAACGGUGUCGAGGAGUGGGACUGGCAUGCUACCACGCUGAACCCGUACUACGAGGCCAACCCGCUGAGCCGUAUGAUCUCGGACGACCGGUUCAUCCUGCACACCCUGUCACGCUGGCACUUCGGCGCCGACGACACGGGCGACCUGAUGAACCCGGCCAACGCCGACCACCUGAUCGAGGUCACCGGCGCCGGGGUCAACCUGGUGACGGCCGACGGCAGCGUGGACUGUCAGGGCGAGCCGGCCGAGCAGGAGCGGAUAGUGGCUGGCCUGCACCACUGCGAGGUGUGGUGCGCCCUGCGUGCCCUCCAGCCCGGCGGCACGCUGGUCGUCAAGAUGUUCACGUUCUACGAGUCCGGCUCCGUGUGCCUGCUGUUCCUGCUCAGCUGCUGCUUCGCCGAGGUGAGCGUGGUCAAGCCGUCGUGCAGCAAGUCGGGCAACUCGGAGGUGUACGUGAUGUGCCGACGGCUGGCGGCGGGCCCGCUCAGCGGCGGCCACCUGGAGCGGUGGCGGCGGCGCUACGGGGCCGACGGCCGCCAGCCGCUCUUCGCCCGACACCACGUGCCCGACACGUUCAUCCGAACAGCUGGUGCAGUGCGCCAGGCUGUUCAAGACGUCACAGGAGGCGGAGAUCGCUCGGAACCUGCAGCUGCACGAGCGGGCGGAUGGCGCCGCCUGGCGCGAGGUGGACG